AGUCCCUUCAUCUUGCUUGCUUGCUAUCUUCGUCGUGUACAAAGAUGGCUCCCUCGAGGCGAGCUCAGCAGUCAAUAUCUGGGCUUAUUUCAAACGCGAUCCACUCCCCAUAUGUGUGUUCUAGCUGCCGAACCAAUGUCCGGUUUUAUGCACAGCGUCCUAAGCCGUCGAGCCGGCUCUGGUCGAAAACAUCAGCGGCGGCACUAGUGCCUUCUUCCAGCUUUCACACAUCAGCGUCAACAUACUACGCGACUCCAGCGCCUCAGGAUUACAUUCAUCCAAAGCCAGCCAAGCCACAGAAGGUUGAAGAAGACUUGGAGGACUUUGAAGAGUAUCAAGAGGCCGAGACAUGGGACGGGCUUGAAGUAAUAGGUCAUAAGCAAAAGGUCGUUGAAGAGAAGGUUUCAUUUGCCCCUUUCAUACCAACUUCUCGGCCUAUGCUGAAGAAUGAAACCCUUGAGGACCACUUCUCCAAGUGGCUUUACGUCGCUAUACUCGACACAGUGGCAGAGAAGUCGCUUGGCCAUGAGAUCGGUGCCAACGAUGAUGUGCAGAUCAGACGGGCAGCAUUAACCAUGAGUCUUACAAACACGGAUGCGGGAGCCGUCCUGAGUUUCGACGAACAAGAGAAGACAUUACAGGAAUCCCUUGGGGAGAGUGAAGCGCCAUCCUGGAAGAACCUCAAUCGGCUGCUGAGCGAGAAUGAAAGCAACAUUUCAAUGUUUUUGACCACCACCAAGCUGAACUUUAAAGAUGCUACGACCUUCAAGGUACGAAAUCUUCCUUCUGUAUCGUGUGACCUGGUUCUUGGAACCAUCAGGCUGACUCAUUUUUCCCCUCGCCUUUAGAUCCUCAAACGCUUUGCCGUGCUAUCAGGCCACCGUGUGCCUGACCCUGUCGUUGGCGAGAUGUGGAAGCAGAACCGAACCUUGUCAGAACUGGUCACCCUUCUCACUAAACACUACCGACGAGCCCGGAAGCAAGUAACAGCAGAUAUCAUCAACGAGAGGCAGCAACAAGCGUCACUAGCACAAGAGAGCACAAAUGUUGAAGUUGUCGACAAGAGAAGAUUGCAAACACUAGGAGCCAAUGUUGUGGUCCACCGGCGGCGCGAAACCCCGGUCGAUAAGGAGAAGGAAGUUGGAAGAUGGAAAGUGAUCGUCAAGGAGUUGGAGAAGCGGCAACUUCCGAUUCCUGGACAGAGAGGAACAUAGGUUUGGGCAGAGUGUGGUUUCGACAAUGGAACAGAUACACAAUGUGAUUAUUGAUCGUCGGCGUGGGUGGGGGGAGGCAAAGAACAUGUUGAUAUACCAGGCUCUUGAGCCUCAAAGGGGUCAGGGGCCGAGGCCAUCUGAGCUUCUUGGCGCAUGGCCACAAGGCUGCGACUGUACGAGUAUAAGGAGAAUCCGAGUCUGGCUUUUGGGCUUUCGCCAGGAGAGGCUGGCGCAAAAACAAAGCUGUUGUAUCUUGAUCUGACCUGGCCACUGCGCGUUGAUAGGCUCGAGGUUAUAUGCCGGAGGGCGAGUCAACUCGAGCUGAGGGGAAACGUGGACGGCAGAGAAUGUUGACGAAGAAGCUGUGGACAUGGGGGAGGCGGACCUAGGUGCUCCGUCUCGAUAAGGUCGAUUUGACACGACGUUUGACACAGUCUAGCUUCUCCCACCAUUCCAACGCCAAUUCGAAUGGCGUACUGCUGAUUCCGUAUCUCUGUUUAACCACCGCCAGUCGGGAGCGACAUUGUAAUCAUUCUUCCGACUUCUCCCGCCCAGUUGGAGGCUUUUGAGAGGGAGUAACAUUGAAUGUCCAACAAAAAGAAUAUGGCUUUGGGCUGGACCGCGGCAUUCAAGCUAGCUGCGACAAGACGACUUUCCUCAAGCGUGGCUUGUUAUGUUUAGAUGGUUGUGAUAGAUGGUCAACUCGGAUUAAGACAUGCCAUGUUGUAAUCAUGCCGUCAAUGUCCUGAUUCGACCAGAAUGCCAGCUACUUAGUCGACCGACGACACGGCUUGGGCAGAGGCACGGCACGUGACGGGGAUAGACGUGUCUCGAGGAUGUUUCUCGUCGACAUCCAUGGCUCGUAUUAGAUGAAAUUGAAACUGCCGGUUAAAAAAGAGGUAUAGCAACA